GCGAGCACAGGCCGCUCCGCGGUCGUCUCGGAUCCCCGUGGGACCCCCGACCGCUCUCCUGGUCCGGUCGUCUGCGGCUGCAGCGGUAAUCCUCCAUCAACACCCUCCUCCUGCAAGCAGGUCUCUCUCCCCCUGCACGUCUUCCUUGGCAAGCCCAGUGGGCAGCAGCGUGUGAGGCCACCAUGUUCAGCUGGCUGAAGAAGAGCGGGGGUCGGGGCCAGCAGCCUGAGGCCAUCCGUACAGUGACCUCCUCCCUCAAGGAGCUGUACCGCUCCAAGCUGCUGCCUCUGGAGGAGCAUUACCGCUUCGGGGCUUUCCAUUCACCAGCCCUGGAGGAUGCCGACUUCGACGGCAAGCCCAUGGUGCUGGUGGCUGGCCAGUACAGCACCGGCAAGACCAGCUUCAUCCAGUACCUAUUGGAACAAGAGGUGCCUGGCUCCCGUGUGGGACCUGAGCCCACCACCGACUGCUUCGUGGCCGUGAUGCACGGUGACACUGAGGGCACGGUGCCAGGCAAUGCCCUUGUGGUGGACCCUGAAAAGCCCUUCCGCAAACUUAACCCCUUCGGGAACACCUUUCUCAACAGGUUCAUGUGCGCUCAGCUUCCCAAUCAGGUCCUGGAGAGCAUUAGCAUCAUCGACACUCCUGGCAUCCUGUCAGGUGCUAAACAGAGAGUGAGCCGUGGCUAUGACUUCCCCGCGGUGCUGCGCUGGUUUGCUGAACGUGUGGAUCUAAUCAUCCUUCUCUUCGAUGCACACAAGCUGGAGAUCUCCGAUGAGUUCUCAGAGGCUAUUGGUGCCUUGCGGGGCUACGAGGACAAGAUCCGUGUGGUUCUCAACAAGGCUGACAUGGUGGAGACGCAGCAGCUGAUGCGUGUCUAUGGGGCGCUCAUGUGGGCACUGGGCAAAGUGGUGGGCACACCCGAGGUGUUGCGCGUCUACAUAGGCUCCUUCUGGUCCCAGCCACUCCUUGUGCCAGACAACCGGCGCCUCUUUGAGCUUGAGGAACAGGAUCUCUUCCGCGACAUCCAGGGCUUGCCCCGCCAUGCUGCCCUGCGCAAGCUGAAUGACCUGGUGAAGAGGGCAAGGCUGGUUCGGGUUCAUGCCUACAUCAUCAGCUACCUGAAGAAAGAGAUGCCCUCUGUGUUUGGGAAGGAGAACAAGAAGAAGCAGCUGAUCCUCAAGUUGCCUGUCAUCUUUGCCAAGAUCCAACUGGAACAUCACAUAUCUCCUGGGGACUUCCCUGACUGCCAGAAGAUGCAGGAGAUGCUGAUGGCACAUGACUUCACCAAGUUUCACUCACUGAAGCCAAAGCUGCUGGAGACGCUGGACGAGAUGCUGACGCAUGACAUCGCCAAGCUCAUGCCCCUGCUGCGGCAGGAGGAGCUGGAGAGCACCGAGGUGGGCGUGCAGGGUGGUGCUUUUGAGGGUACCCACAUGGGCCCUUUUGUGGAGCGGGGGCCUGACGAGGUCUUGGAGGAUGGCGCGGAGGGAUCGGAUGAAGAGGCUGAGUGGGUGGUGACCAAGGACAAGUCCAAGUACGACGAGAUCUUCUACAACCUGGCCCCCGCUGACGGCAAGCUGAGUGGCACCAAGGCCAAGACCUGGAUGGUGGGCACCAAGCUGCCUAACUCCGUUCUGGGGCGCAUCUGGAAGCUGAGUGAUGUCGAUCGGGAUGGCAUGCUGGACGACGAGGAGUUUGCCCUGGCCAGCCACCUCAUUGAGGCCAAGCUUGAGGGCCAUGGGCUGCCCACCAACCUGCCCCGCCGUCUUGUGCCACCCUCCAAACGACGUCAUAAGGGAUCUGCUGAGUGAGCCAGCUGCUGCCUGCCAGCCCUCCCUCCCUUUUGUUUGCCCUGCUGUGGCUCCCCAGCUCUGGUCAGCUGCACACACACCCCCAUCUGGCCUGCACACACCCUACCUGCCUGCCCUGCCCAGCUGUGAAGACAGGGGUCUCCCUCGCAGCCACCACCGAAGGGGGAGUGGCAGAGUAGAGGCUAAGGCUUCUCUGCCUGCCCUUUACACCUCUGCCCUCACCUACACUUGGGCACACUACACUGGCACUAACACACGGUUAUCCAUGUGUUCAUGGUUCAUUCGGUAUUUAUUGAGCACCUACUAUGUCCAGGGCCCCUUUUUAGCCCCUGGGGAUGACAGCAAAACAGAUCAAAAUAUCUGUCCUCAUGGAGCUGACCUUCUUAGGACACACAUGCAUGACGUGUGUACAAGCGUACCCAGUCUGAUCCCUGAUCUGGGCAGGACCCCUUGCCUCUCUGCACCAGGGAGAGGCCACCUAGUUGAAAUGACUAGCAGACCACCCUGGCCCCUUUACCCCCCUUCCUGUUGCCCAGCCAGCAAGGAGCCCCCACCCCAUCAUAUCCUCAGGCCUUGGGACCAUGAGUGGGGAUCAAAGGAUAGACAAAACUGCCUAUUUCCUCAGGGGGACCUCUCUUCAGCCCCUUGUUCUGAUUGCAACCCUUUCUUUAAAUGCCCCUUUCAUCUUUGCUCCUACAGACUUGUAGCCACUUUCAGGUAUUCGGUUCUCCCCCACCUGCAAGGGAUUGAAAGCCCUGCCUCACCAUCCCUCUCCGUCUGGUGAUCUGUUUUAGACUGCUAGGACACUGCCUCUCUGCCCACCAUCGGGCCACACUUAAGUGCCCCCCUCUAAGAUAGAAAGGCCCCAGGGCCUUACUGGUUCCCUUUACAGGGAUUUUGUCGGGGGAGGGUCCUCGGUGCUACAACCCUUCCCCCUCCCCUAAAGAGACUGCUCACUUCUACACACACUUUCCUGCCUUCACCUUAUAUUAGUGCUUAACCUUGGUGGGGGGCUCAUGGAAAAAAUGGGUAAGAGUGAAAUAGGUGGGGAUGAUGCCCCUCCUGUAGGAUGCCCGCUGAGAGUCCCACGCCCACCAUCACCCCCACCCCUUGACCGGGAAGGGUCUGUGAACAUAAGAGCAAAUAAAGUCAUGGCUUA